GCAAGCUUGAUUACAAAUACAAAAACAAAAUUUACGUUUCGUUUGUAGGUUAUGUUAAACCAGAUUCAAUUGUUGUGAAUUUAGACCAGAGAAAUUAAAAAAAACAAAUAUUUAUUACAAUACAAAGUGAAUAUCAACUUUCAGAAUGAUACCAAGAAUACAGACCAUGUUAAAAGUAACUGAAACUAUACCUUUUCUUGGAAGGAAAUUUAACUGUUGGUCAGCAGCAAUUGCAUGUAAACACAGGAAGAAUUACUUAAGAAGUUAUCCUGUCACACUUGUUUCAACCAAUGGUAGCAGUAUAAAUAUUUCAUAUUCCGAACCUAAAAGAAUUGUUGUACUUCCUCUAAAUUUGGAACUCCUGACAGACGAAGAACGUAAAAUUAUUUUACAAAAACGAAUGCCAAAGAAGAAAGUCACCAUUAUUAAAGACGACGAUAUGGAUGAUUUUGAUGAAGAGCGAUACUUACAUUUAGCGAAACGUUAAAUUUAAUAAUAAAACUAUAGUUUAAUCGACUAUAUUAAUAGAAUAUAUUAAAUAUAAUAAUUUAGUUCAUCUAAUUUUUAUAUUCUACGAAAAAAUAAUGGACAGAAAAUAUCCACGAUUUCAAAUAAAGAGAAAGAGGAAUAUUUGUUCGUCUUGUGUGAAUACAAUAUUUAUGUGAUUUUUAUCAUCGCAUGCCGGAACAUAGUUUUAAUGAGAAAGGCCGGAUGUUACUUUUUACAGCAAAGAGGAAGACCAUUGUUUACUCCGUAACAACUGUAAACAUAUUAAUGAUCCUGCGACGAAAAGGCUGAAUAAAAAAGAAAAAAAGUA